CAAAAAAACACAACUCGCAAAAAUGUUCCUGACCUGCGAGGGGACCCUGGGGAUGGUUCCGGCCGCCGCGGACUGCAGCGCGCCAGCCCGGCCGGGCCCUUUCCACGCCGGCUACCAACAGAUCGAAGGGAUCAACUUGGGCUACUUACAGAUCAACGGCACCCAGAUGUUCGCGCUGGCCCAGGUGCUCAGCGACCUGUUCAAGGACAUCCCCAGGACCACCAUCAGCAAGAAGAUGGAAACCUUAAAGAUCAAGAGCCGCCGCUGCGACCUGGCCGAGCUGCGGACGCUCAAGGCCAUCAACUCGGUGCCCACGCGCGCCGUGAAGUGCUCGCUCAUCUCCAAGGCGGACCUGGAGGCUCUCUGCACCUCCUGCAAGAGCCUCCGCCGGAGGAAGAGGAGGAGGAAGAGCAGGAGAAGGCAGCAGCUGCUGCUGCCGGGCCCCGGGGAGUUCUUCCCCUGCCCGCGGCCCCCGCCCUGCCGGGCCGGCGGCUGCUGCGGUGCCCCCGGCCGGGCCGCGCCGCCCCCCGGCCCGCAGCAGCUCCAGCCCGGCCGGGGGGGGCUCUUUGGGGGUCUCCUGGCGGGCUCCCCCCGGCACCUGCCGCUGCUGCCCUGCGCGCUGCCGGCCGCGCCCCGCAGGAGCCCGUGCUGGCCCGGGGGGCUCCUCCCGCACCGAGCGGGGCCCGCGGCCGCCAGGAAGGGCCGGAGCCGCGGCUUCCCCGCCUCCAAGCGCCAGGGAACCUCCGCCGGCUACUCCAGCGACUCGGACUCCAGCCUGGACCUCGCCGCGUCCAGCCCCGCCACCUCCAGCGACUCCUAGGAGGAGGAGGAGGAGGAGGAGGAGGAGGAAGGGGACAGCUCGUGCAGCAGCGAGGAGGGCAGCUCCACGGAGUCGGAGAGCAGCUCGCUGUGCAGCGCGGACUCGGUGCAGAGCACGCGGUACCGGCAGGCGGCCCUGCCCCGCUUCCAGCCCCCCCGGGAGCCGCUCGGGGAGGAGCGGCCGGCGGAGCCCCCCCCGAGCAAAGCGCUGCGCCCCGACCCCGAGCUCCUCUUCCUCUCGCAGCAGCUCUGGGCCCGCACCCUGCGAGCAUCAACUUUGGAAAGUUUGAGCGCGGCCGCAGCGCCGGGGGCUCAGCCGGGGCUGUACGCGAGGCACGAGGCCUCCCCUGCCUCCUCCUCCUCCUCCUCUUCCUCCUCCUCCUCCUCGCCCCCUCCCUCCCCGAGCAGCAGCACCCCCGGGGGGGCCCCGCCACAAAAGGAGCGCGGCUUUGGGGACGCCGGAGGGAAGGAUUCGCACAAAGAUGCCUCGAACAAAAGCCCCUCGUUCGAGCGGCCCAGCGGAGCCUCCCCGGGGCCGGCGCCAUCCCCCGACCCGGCCCCGGAGCUGCGGGCGAGCCCCGCCGCCUUGGGCGAGCCCCGGCCGGAGCAUUUCGACCGCUUGAUCCGCCAGUCCAAGCUGUGGUGCUACGCCAAGGGAUUCAACGUGGACGGGAAAGGUUUGCGGCACGGCCGGGGCAGCCCGGAGCCCUGGAGGGGAGCGGAGCUGCCGCUGCAGCCCCGCGGGGGAACCGGGAGCCCCGCGGCGCUGCGGGCUCGCCGGGACGGCAGCGCCAAGCGGCGGCGCCUGGCCAGGGUCACCGAGGGGCAGCGCGGCUCCUCCAAAGCCAGGCCGCCAAAAACCCCGCGGAGGAACUGCAGGAAGGGAAACGCUCCCUGCAAAGCCAGCCCGCCUCGGAAUUCCUUCAGCCUGAUGGGCAACUUCCCCUGCACGCCCUCGCUGGUGGUGGGCGAGGACGGGGACCUGUGCCCGGCCUCGUCGCUGGGCGGCAAGAACUCGUGGGCGCUGUCCAAGACGCACCCGCUGUGGCGGUGGCACCUGGGGGGCAGCGCCAUCCCCGUGCCCCCCAGCCUCAAAUUCCGCGGCUGCGCCAGCCUGGAGCAUCCCUGAGGAGCGCAGGAAAAAUUCCAGGAUCGCGGGAGGUGCCGGGGACCGGGAGCGGGGUCAGCCCAGCCCCGGGUGGGGAAGGGGCUGCUCGGAGGAGCGGGGUUUGGGGCUGAUUUGGGGCUGAUUUUGGCCCGAUUUGGAGCUGAUUUGGGUCUGAUGUGGGGCCUGUUUGGAGCUGAUAUGGGGGGUCCGAUUUGGGGCUCAUUUGGGGCUGAUUUUGGCCUGAUUUAGGGCCAAUUUGGGGCUCAUUUGGGGCCGAUGUGGGGCCGCGUGCGCUGCGGGAUGUUGUGUUCGGGAGGAGUUUUAGGGUGAGGUUAAAGGGCGCGAUGGAACCAAAAUAAUUCCCCAAAAACUCCGCGCGCCGCUGGAAAUGAGGGGGUGAUUCCCAGGAAGGGGAUUUAGGGAUGAAACGGCUGCUGGGAGAACUGGGAAUGAACUGGGAGCGAGCUGGGAAAACUGGGAAGGAGCUCCCUGACCUCCCGACCCUGCUCCAAAAAAAAAAAAAAACCAAAAAAAACCACAAAAAAACCCCCAAAAAACCCAACAAAAACUCAAACCCCUCAUUUCUCAUUUUUCAUCCAUAAAAAUUGGAUUAAAACAAUAAAAUUCCCACUCAGCCAAGAAAAAAAUUCCCGUUCUUUUCCGGGCCGAGUGGAUCCCGGGGAAAAUUCGGAAAAUCCGGAAAAAUCCCGGUUUUCCAGCGGGGUUUUCCUGGUGUGGGGGCAGGGAGGAAACGCCAACUUUUUAAAAAAAUCGGGAAUUUCGGGAGGUCGGGAGAAAGCGGGAGGGGUGGAGAGGAAGCGACUUGAAGUUGCUCCAUGGAAAUCUAAAGAAUAUUUUUUAAAAGUGGUGGAAAAGGGAAAAAAAGUGAGGAAUUUGUGGGAUAAUCAUCCCUGGAAAAGGUUUGGAUCCCGGGAAAAAAAUGCGGGAAAAUCGGGAAUGGAAGGAUUUAAUCCCGGCUUGAAUUUCCCUCCCUCCCCCUCUUGAACCUUUCCAAACCUUUGGAAAUUCCCCAUGGGAUUUCCAGCCCAUCAAAGCCCCCAAAUCUCUGCUUUGGGAACUUAAAAAAAAAAAAACCAAAAAAUCAAAGCUAUUUUGGUUUGGGUUUUUUUUUGU